AGAAACGGUGGCCAUUAAAAUUUGCAAUUAAAGAACAUAUAAAGAGACUGUCUUUGUGAAACUGUUUCUUCCCGAUCACAAUAAGGAAGAAAGAGAAUCCAAAUCAAAUGAAGUGUGAUGACAACAAAUUUGGAAUAAACCCAUUUGAAGGUUUGAUAUGGAACAAAGAAACAAUAGAAGAAGAUGAUAGCAGCUGUUGAGAAUGUCGAUUCAAAAUGGAGUGAAAAAAAGAUGGAAGAAUCUGAUGCUUUGAGAACUGUAGAAUGCCUUCGAGGAAGAUUAAUUGCAGAAAGAACAGUUUCAAAGAUUUCCAAAGAUGAAGCAGACCAAAUGGAAAAUAAGCUAAUGGAGUUAGAGAAGAAAGUGAAUGAAGAAAUUAAGUCAAGAAACAGAGUUGAGAAGAAAUUAAGGUUUCUAAUGAAGAAGCUUGAGGAUUUAAACAUAUCAGAUCAAGAAGGUUCUUCAGAUAACAGUUUACUUUCUCCAAUCUCAUCAUCAUCAUCAUCAUCCAUUUCUUCUUCAUCUUCAUCUUCCAACCACAAGAAAUUAGAAGAUAUGAUUGAUGAACACAAAACCCAUAUCACAGAAUCUCAAAUGAUGACACCACAAUUGUCUACUAGAACCUCUUUUGCUUCCAAUAAAGACAGUUUGGAUUUCAGUUCUCCAACAAAUUCAAUGGAUUCAAAGGUAAAAGAGGGGAGAGAAAGUGAGAAUGCUCAAGAUAUUGAUGAUUCAAUGGCAUUAGUAUUGGUUGAUUUGUCAGAGGAAUCAUCAUUGAAAGUUGAUGAACAUUCUUCAAGUAUUGAUUAUGUUUCUGGGAAUGUUAAAGAUGUGCUUGAUGCUUUGAAGCAUGCUAGAGAAAAGAUACAGUCUUCAAUGGAGAAGAACAAGAAGAGAAUUAUGAUUAAGGUUGGAUCUCAAUUGGGGAAUCAAUGCUGAUAGUUUGUCUUCUUUUGAAAUAAGGAUGAAUGGACCACCCCACAAUAAGACUCAAUUUUUUUUUUCUCUGUUUUAUUAUUUUUCAGAUUAGGGUUUUGUUUAUAUAAAUAUAUAUUUUGUAAUAAGUUUGUUAUUUUCACCCCAUUUUGGGCUCUAUCUAGCCAUAACUAAUGUAUUUUUAUUUUUCAGUCU